UUUGCUGUGUGCCUUUAGCAAUUUCUUUCGUGUGAAUAAAGGUGCCUACAUUUUGUUUUUGUAUUGAAAAUGUAUAUUAAAUUUUUAUAGUGUAAGUUUUUCCUAUUCAAUACGAUUUGUACUUUUUUUUGUACAAAGUCCACUAAAAUAUAACAAAUGCGUCGAUUGAUUUGUGCGUUAAACAAAGUGAAACAAUUGUCCUUGCAGUAAUAUUACGUAAGUGAAGAAAAAGUGAGUCAAUUCUUAUUACGGAUCGACAUCGAUGAACAAUAAAUCGAUGUACCUCUCUUGGAAGGGAUGAUCGUAGAUCCGUUCGGCAGUUCGGCGUUCGUGGCCCGUGCUUUGGUCCAAUAAAAUGGGUGAAACCUAAUCUCGGGCUUUUAGUCUAGCCUUUUCACGUCGAUUAAAAGUUUGUUUUUUUCAACGUCCCAAUAAUUAUUUGCCGUUGAUUCGGAGAAAAGUGAAAGGGCCGGAGAUUCGGCGAGUCGGGAUUUACGGAUACUCGGGUUGGACUUCCUUUUCGCUUCAGUCACUCCGAAUCCGCAGGCGAGGAACGCGUUUCUCCACAAAUUUUGGACGCAAAUUUCGAAAAAUGGGAAGGAAAAAGAAGAAGCAGUCGAAACCCUGGUGUUGGUAUUGCAACCGAGAAUUCGACGAUGAGAAGAUUCUCAUUCAACACCAGAAAGCCAAACAUUUCAAAUGCCACAUCUGCCACAAGAAGCUGUACACCGGCCCUGGGCUCUCGAUUCACUGCAUGCAGGUACAUAAAGAAGCGAUUGAUAAAGUGCCGAAUUCGAUGUCGACAAGGUCAAACAUUGACAUAGAAAUUUAUGGAAUGGAAGGCAUCCCCCCAGACGACCUUCGAGAACACGAGCGACAAAAACAGGGAAAACACGGUCGUGCGGGUUCACCCAGCAGUGGGGAGGACGAACCCACUCCAAAGAAAAAGGCAGACAUGCCUGGUGUGAUGGCGGGUGCACCAUCAAUCCCUGGUGCCAUGCCAGGGCACCCUGGUUUUCCUCCAAUGGGACCAUUGAUGGGCCCCAUGGGUCCCAUACCACCCUUUAUGCCUCCUGGACUUGGUAUGAUGCCUGGUGGACCAAUUCCAUCUGGACCGCCUAAUGUUCCAUCACCACAUCUACAGAAUAAACCACUCUUUCCUAGUGCUGCAGCAAUUGCUUCAACAUCGAGCCAUGCAGGUACUAGUGAUUCAAAAACCACUUCAACUGCAACGAUUGGUCCUGUAAAACCAACAUUCCCAGCAUUUGGGGGAUCCAAUUCAUCCAGUGGACAGUCUGAACCACAAAAAGUAGCUCUUAUUAAUAAUGUCGGUGGUUCGAGUAAAAUCAUUCAUCCCCCUGAGGAUAUUUCAAUGGAGGAGUAUAAAGCUAAAAUGAUCAAAUCACAAGUCAGAACUCCUAGUGAGCCAGCAGACGAAACUCCCACUUCGUCUCCAUCACAAGCAAGCUCAUCUCAUACUAAUACACCAUCACAUUCACAACAACAGCACCAACAGCAACAGCAAGCGACAGAGGAACGAAGGUUACAAGUAGGUAGGAUACCAGGACUUUCAGUCCCAGCUUCUGCUGGGAUGCUCCCUCCUGCUUCUAGCGUUGCAAUAAUGUCGAUGGCAACAUGCCCUCCGCUUAUGAGAGCACCUCAAACAAUACCUCUCAUAUCUGCAAGUAUGCCUAUUCUUAGGCCGCACCAAAUGCCAAUUCAUCCAGGUCUUAUAGGUGGAGUUGUGCCACCCCACAGCGCCGGAGUUGUCCCGUACGGUGCCGCUGGCCACCCGAUGGCUUUUCCAGGCCCCCCAGUACUUGCCCCAAUGAUUCCUCCUCGCUUCAGAUGAUCAGGUUUGCUGGGGGCCCUUUGCCUCCUCUGGCCCCAACCCUAAGUGCACUCUCACUCCUGCUCUCUCUUUCUAAAUGACACGUUUUUUCUAAAUCUUUUGUUGGCAGUUGGUGUAGUUUAUGGAACUUUUUAUUUAUCCACAUUAUGUUUCUACAAAUUAAAUGAAAAAAUCGACAUGCAUGUAUUUUCCUGUUUUAAACAUAUUUAGUUUUUUUUUUUUUUUUUUUUAUCAUGUCCAGAAUUAUCAAUCGUGAUGCUACACUAUAACACUUUAGUAUGAUAAAAUAUCAAUAUCACACUAUCAAACAAUCCUUUAUUUGACAUUCAUAAUGUAAUUAAAUCAAAUUACAGUAGAAAAUAUGCACCUUUAAUAAUGGAAUUUGCUAAGGUGAAAAGAGAGAAAGAGAGAGAGAGAGCGAGACAGAGAGAGAGAUAGAGAGAGAUUUGUGCUAAAGGAUAAAAUACGAACCGGGGCACAGAGAGUCAGAGAAAGGCGACUGUAGAGGAAAAUGUUAUCUAAUUUGAAAUAAGUUGAGGAAAAGAAAAUUUCUCGCCUCAUAAUCUUCUUUACAACCAGCAAAGGUAAGCCGUGAUAUAUAUGCAUAUGCACAUGUGUAUAUAUUUGGACAUCCAAAGUAAUAUAACAAAUUGGAGAAGUCGGCUAUUUUUGUUUGGUGGGGGAAUUUAUUUUGUGAGGGAACUAUUUUGUCCUCAAACAAACACGGAUCGUCGACAGAAGGAAAGGAAUCCCAGCGAAUCUUCAUCAUUCACAUCAUAGACAUCAACAAUUUCAAUAUAAGAAUUAUAUUUACACCUACCUUUACAUUGUACUUUAAUUAUUUUAAACUUAUGAAAUGAUAGGUAAAAAAUUGACGUUUCAAGUUUUCAUAAUUAUUUCAUUGGAAUAAAAGAAAUUGCUUUCAGUUUUCAAAAUAAGUUGACAAACGUAUUUUUACGUUGAUUCAUGACAAGUUUGUGUAAAUCAUGAAAAUUAAAAUGAAAAGAAUGGCAACUACUUGUGAAUUAUUAAGCUUUAAUGUAGGUAGCUUAAUAUAGAAUGGUUUAGUGUUAUUGAAAAUUAUAAAACAUGUAUUUUAUUCCCUAGCUUUUUAUCUGUUUAAAUGGUAAGUUUAUAUUUAUUAGAAUUUCAAGCCACUUACAACCAGGCACCAGAGGGAAACUUUAGGUUUAUUCGUUCAUAUUUCCAUAAUUAUACAAACCAAUUUUCCUUUUAAGCAAUUUUUUUUUUCAGUUUCUAUUUUGAAAAAGGAACUGAACAAAAUAAAACUAAAACAUCAGUAACAAUAUAGAUACCUAAAAGUUAACUUAUGUGCCUACUAAGAACAGGUUGGUUUAUUCAUUUUAUAUAUUAUCUGAUGUAAAAAUUAAUUUAAUUCACCCAAGUUCUUUUCUGGUUUCUACUGGUUCUACGGUAAGUCUGCAUAAGGCUAAUACGUUCAAGUAGUGAAUGAACAAUUGACCAUUGUACAUUAUAAUUCAAAUUGUAAAUAUUGGGAACUUCUGGUAUAAAAUAGAGAACAUGUAUGCUAAUGUUAGAUAUUUUUUUUUUAAAUUAUAAGAUUAAAAGAAGAAAACAACAAGGCAUUGAAAAUGAUUUUUUAAAACUUGACAUUUGGUUUUAAUGUGUCUGUUUUAUUGUCUGUUCUUUAACACAUACAGUGAAGCUUGUAAAAAAGUUUCUUGUAUUCUUAAAUUAGUUCUUUGUUUUUCUUUUUAUAAAUAUAAUGAUUGGCCUGGAUUUUGCAUAGUUGCAAAUUCUAGAUAACUUAUUCAAUGGUCAAGUAAGAACUGUUCACUGUUAGGUUAUGGCUUUUACUUCUUGGUUAUUGUAAAAUCAAUUGUAAUUAUGAUUAAUGGUCAACGCGAUGCAAGGAUAUUUCCAGUGUCAAAGGUACUAUUUGUGUUGAAUUUUUACUGAGUUUGUCACGUGUUUGGUUUUAAAAUGCAGUUAAGAUGUUAGAGUCAGUGGACAUUUCUUCUUCAAAAGGUAUCUAGCCAAUUUUUAUUUUUCUAUUAUUUAUUUUAUUUUUAAUUUAUCCUUUAGUUAAUUUUUGACGGCCGUUUUUGGAAAAUGUUAAAGGUAGAAAACCUAAAAUCGCUGUUGGAUGAUCUUGUGUCGUCCCUUGUCAUUGUUCGAGCAGUGACAGGUGAAAUUACUAUUCACAGCACACCCUCGAUUAUGCUAACUAGUUAUUUUUUAAAAUUAUAAUAAUGGUUACCCUAUAAUAAAUUGCAGUUUUAUUAAGAAUUAUGCUUAUAGUCCUGAGAGACAAAUCACAGCGUGAAUCCUGUUGGACUUGAUUCAAGUUCCCUGACGUUCUGUUCCUCAUGCAUAAUUAAGUAUAUUUUUUUUGUGUUUUUAACGGGUUCAGACGUCAGGCGACCGUUUCCUCAAAUAAGAGCCAAUUUGUUUUAACAACAGUUAAAGUAUGAGGCGUAUUAAAGGGGUAACGAUCACAGGAGCUGUUGGACAUGUCUGUCCCUUGUUGGUAUUAACAGGCGAUUGUCUCUCACUAUCUCACUCUUAAAUAAUGUCAAUUUAUUUUCUUGUACCUUUUUCAUUGAAUUAAUAAAAAGAAAAAAAGAUUAAAUUCUAAGACUCGCAAUAUUUUUUUUUUAAAUCUUCGUGUGCACAAUAUUGUAAUUUAUAGUCAUAAUUAUUAUUUGUUUUGUAUACCUUUUUUGCUGUUUUGAUGAGAUUUUGGUGAAUUGUUUGCUUGUCUUAGCUAAUUUAAUCAUCCUAAGGUGCGUAUGUUCACCUUUAUAAAAAGAAAAUUAUCUAAACGGUUCUUUUUACUGUAUUUUCUUCUCAUGAAUUAAACAAAAAAUUGUUGUUUUGACCGACUUUUUCUUCUAAAUGAUUGCAGACGCAACACACAAACACAAUUCUCGCUUUGAAAUCUGCCCUCGUGUCUCACUAGGGACAAGUCGUGUGCCAAAACAAAUUACCUGUCAAUUUGUAAGUACUAUAAAUGUUUCUGAUUUUCCUUUUUCCUAAAUAUGUAAUCAUUUUUCUCCAUGUGACUUUUGUGUGGACGUCAUGUCCCAAGCUUGGAAACUUUUUAUUUCUUUUAGCUAUACUGUGCACUUGGUGCAUGACGAUCGACUAGUUUAUUUUUCUUUUUCUUUGUAUUAACCGAUUUUGUUGCCUAAAUGUUGUAGCCAAGCAGCACAUUAAAAGUACAAAUGUUCAGAUAGUUUUAAUAAUGACGUGUUAUUUGUACAACCGUUUAUAAAUGUUACUUUCGAAAUAAAUGUGUUAUUGACAAAAAAA